AAUGAAGGCUGAAUUUCCGUUGGGCGGUCACGACCCCUCUGCAACUUCCACGCAUCUUGCCGCACCUCGAGCACGAUGGACAUACUUACCACUGAAGAAGAGAAACAACAGAAGGCGACGAUGAGCUCACUGCGUAGAUGGCUUUUGCUGGUCUUAUUUUGCAUUGCUCAGUUCCUUGAAACCUAUAAUUCUUCCGCGAUCUUCGUGGCGUUGCCGUCUGUCAUAAAUGAGCUCAAGAUGAACGCAGAGGAAAACCCAUGGCUAAUAGCGGCGUAUCAACUCACAUUCGCUUCGUUGUUGCUCGUCAGUGGUAGAAUAAGCGAUGUUUACAACCCUAAGACGGUUUUUCUCUUUGGGAACACCGUCUUUGGUAUACUGUCUCUUGCAUGUGGAUUCAUACGAAACUCCAUAGGCCUACUGAUCUUUCGUGCAGUCACUGGUAUGGGUGCAUCCCUAACUAUUCCAUCAGCACUACACCUAAUCGUACGCCAUUUUCCCGAAAAAAAUGAACAAGCUCGAGCGGUGACUGUGUUCGGCGCGAUGGCUGCUUUGGGAAAUGUGCUAGGACUUAUAUUUGGAGCACUUUUACUCGACCUGGGGACGUGGAGAUGGGUGUUUUGGAUCGGAGGCAUUGUUGGGCUUCCCGUCUCUGUCUGCUGUGCCAUCGCUAUCCCCAAUGAUACAUCACAUAGACCCAAGGGUGCAAAACGUGGAAGCAUUGAUUUGGUCGGUGUCACUACCAUCACAUCCGCUCUUAUAUUACUGAUUUUCGCCGUUACUUCUGGAUCGACGUAUGGAUGGGGUACUGCAACAUUCAUUGCUCCACUGAUUAUAUCGUUGUUCCUCAUCGUCGGUUUUUUCCUAUGGGAACGUACCGUAGCAGAAGGCCAGGCAGCAGUACCUCCGAGAAUGUGGAGAUACCCCAACUUUGUUAUUCUGACGGUUGCAGCAAUCGUACCCUUCUUCUGGUUUUCAUCGACAUUCUACCAGCUCACAUCUUACUGGCAAGAAACACUUCAUUGGUCGCCACUAUCUGCUGCUGUACAUUUCCUCCCUCUAGGACUCGUGGUCAUCUUCGUCAUACCGCUCACGAGCAACCUGCCCAACAUCAUAUCGCCCAAGCUGAUCAUCAUUGCAGGGUAUAUCCUAAUGGCAAUAGGGACGAUACUGCUUACGUUUGGGAAUGGGGGAGAUCGGUAUUGGUCGAUUUGUUUUCCGGCUUUCAUUAUUGGCCCCAUCGGCGUCACGCUCGUUUUUUCUUGUACAAACAUCGUCAUCUUCCGCAGUGCACCUGCAGAAGAAGCCGGCACAGUGGGUGCCAUCUUCAACUCGUCUCUCCAGCUAGGAACAGCCAUCGGCGUGCCCAUCAUAUCCGCCAUUCAAUCCAAUAUACAAAAUCACUCGGGCGCUGCCGAUAAUGACUUCAAGGGACAGCAAUUCGCAUUCUGGUUUUUGCUCGGGUUGGAAGGGGUGGAGAUUUUGGCUACUCUUGUCUUUUACAGGACGUCGAAGAGUUUGCCGGUACAGGAGGGAGGCGAUGCGUUGGUGCAGGCGCCUGUGGAGGAGGAGGUGCCGUUGGCUGUGACGUCGACGCGGCAGUCGCAGUCUAGCAAGUAGUCUAUAUGGUUUGUUGUUUUCUCGAUUUGGACUUACGCGCGCAUUUCGUAUUAUGUUUUCUACUCAAAAUUCCUCGGAUCUCAAAUUCUCUAAUCAGGCCCUUGUCCAGUCGUAAUGUUCUUGUGUACUCUCGCAUUAAUUUGCAUGCAUUGUCCCAAUAGACUUGCUUUUGCGUU